AUGCUCUCGCCGGAGCGGCGAGACCAACCCCGCUCGCCUCUCGCAGCCGCCGCGCCGCACCCGCCGACGUCCACCGAAAUGGCUCUAUACUGCGGCGACAACUUCGGCGUGUACUCGCAGUCCGGCCUGCCCCAGCCCGCCGCCGCAACCCCUGGCGCCCCUCCGGCUGCUAGGGCACCCUACGGGCUGGCCGACUACGCAGCACCCUCCGCCGCCGCCGCCAACCCCUACCUGUGGCUCAACGGGCCAAGCGUGGGCGCUCCGCCGGCCGCCGCGGCCGCCGCAGCCGCCGCCGCGUACCUGGGCGCCCCGCCGCCGCCGCCUCCGCCCCCACGGGGCUCAGCUGGGCCGUUCCUGCAGCCGCCGAGCGCUGCUGGCACCUUCGCCUGUGCUCAGCGGUCCCUCGCUCAGCCCGCGCCCACCGGUCCUGCGGCGCCCGCCGCACCUUCCGCGCCCUGCGACCUGGGCUGGUUGUCCAUGGCAAGCCGCGAGGACCUAAUGAAGAUGGUGCGGCCGCCCUACUCCUACUCGGCACUCAUCGCCAUGGCUAUUCAGAGCGCGCCUGAGCGCAAGCUCACACUCAGUCACAUCUAUCAGUUCGUGGCCGACAGCUUCCCCUUUUACCAGCGCAGCAAGGCAGGCUGGCAGAACUCCAUUCGCCACAACCUGUCGCUCAACGACUGCUUCAAGAAGGUGCCCCGCGACGAGGACGACCCAGGGAAAGGUAAUUACUGGACCCUGGAUCCAAACUGUGAGAAAAUGUUUGACAAUGGGAACUUCCGCCGAAAGCGUAAACGCCGCUCUGAGGCCAGCAGCAGCUCCACGGUGGCUGUGGGGACAUCAAAAUCAGAAGAGGGUCUCUCCUCGGGAUUGGGGUCUGGAGUGGGUGGGAAGCCAGAAGGAGAUAGCUCCUCAGCUUUGCUAAGGCCUUCCCAGUCCCCAGAGCCUCCAGAGAGUACCAAGAGUACUGUCUCUUCCCCAGGAGGGCCAGUGCUCACCUCCACCCCUUGCCUCAACACCUUCUUCAGCAGCCUCAGCACCUUAAGUGUAAGCAGCAGUGGGAGUACCCAGCGAGGUGUCACUGGCAGCCACCACCUAGGGAUCCAGGGGGCCCACCUGCCUUCCAGCAGCACAUUCCCCGCCAGCACCAUCCCAGAAGCCUCAUCAGACACCUUGCAACUGAAUAACAGCGCCAGCAACGGCAGCAGCCAAAGAUCUUCCUAUUACAGCCCUUUCCCUGCCAGCACCGGUGGGGGGCAGAACAGUCCCUUCAGCCCCCCUUUCUACAACUUCAGCAUGGUCAACAGCCUCAUCUACCCCCGGGAGGGCUCUGAGGUAUAG